AAUCCUUCGAGUAUCAGCACAAGCAUUCGUGGUCCAGGUCGGGGCCGCCAGGCUCGACCAAAAAGAUGUCGUCUCUCCUCGAAGAUCUCCGGGCGUUCCUGAGACUAGUCUUUUCCUCGUGGUCUUGAGGUUUGGUCAGCCCUGUGCGUCAUUUCCCUCUCAACCUACCGUGUACUUCUUCUCUCAGAUACGCAGAGUCGCCACGGCCGUAGAGAUCGUCGCGCUGCGGAUCUCGGAUCACGUGUUGGCUCAAACUCGUGUCGAUGAUGGAGCAGAAACUGCUCUGGUGUUGGGCGGUGGGCGUAGCAAUGGCUAACCCCAUGGCUUCUCGAUCAGAACUACUAUCGAGACAAGUCGAUGGCGCAGUCGCAGAGAACGUCUUCCUGCGGAGAGCAUAUCACUCUUCUGCGGUCCUCAACGGCAGAGUCUACAUUGAUGGUGGAGAAUUCUCAUAUUCGAGUAGCAGUGGGCCGACAUAUCAAUACUCGUCGACAUUACUAUCAAUCGAUCUGUCGGCAGAUUUCGAGCCAGACACCGUGAGCUUCACAUCGAUAGCCAAGCCAGCGGGCGUUCCGGAUCUGAACAGGGCUGGCAUAUGGGUUGAUCAGACGUCGGGCCUGCUUUACACGGGCUUUGCUGGUCUCACAUCGGAUUUCGGCGACGCGCCAACGGUAGCGCAGGGCUUGUGGUCGUUCGAGCCCAGCGCUGAUGGAGCAACGGGGUCGUGGACGAAUCUCAACGACACGGCAGAUGCAUACUUCACAACACAGCCGCGGCACUACGCCGGACCGGUCGCCAGUGGGAAUGGGACUGGAUACUUCCUAGGUGGGCAAAUAUUGGACAAUGGAACCGAAGUGCCCGUCAGUGGUCUCCUCAAGUACGACUUUGCUACGAAGACCGCGGCCAACUCCACGGUCUCUGGAAUAUCCACCUCUGGAUACCUGCAGCGCGGCAUGAUGCAAUAUGUGCCCAACUUUGGGCCCGCCGGCGUGAUCAUCGCCGCCGGGGGCCAUCAGCUGCAAAAAGGGUCGUCCGAGAAAUACCUGCUGUCGUUCAACUCGGUCCAGGUCUUCGACCCCGCGACAGACACCUGGUACGAACAGACCACGACCGGCAACAUCCCCGAGGGCCGCAAGGAGUACUGCAUGGCCGGCGCCGCGUCGUCCAACGACACGUACGAGAUCCUGGUGUACGCGGGCUGGGACGGGAACCUGGGCUCGAGCUCGAUCCCGUGGGACGAGGCGUACGUGCUGUCCCUGCCGUCCUUCCACUGGUUCAAGGCCGACUUCCAGGCCCUCCGCCCACGCCACGGCCUCACAUGUGAGCACAUCGGCGGGGGCCAGGUCCUGGCGAUCGGCGGUGUCGACACGACCCAGAAUGGGCCGGUCAGCCUUUACGACGACGUGUUUAACACGCGGGACACCCACGACCAGGGGCUGGCGGUAUUUGAUAUGAGCAGCCUGUUGUUUACGACUGGGUACAGGAGCAACCAGACGGUGUAUAAUCUGGCGACAGACGUGCAGAAUUAUUACAAUGACCACGACCGCAUGGCCGAUUUCGCCUACACGGGCCUGAAGGAUCUCUUCGCCGUUCAGAACUUCUCCGCCGCAGCGACCGACGACACCGGGUCGGGGGAGAGCUCGUCAGGAACAGGAAACUCCGGGGGCGCGUCCGGCUCGUCCUCGGGCUCAUCGAAUCCCGGCGACAACCCGGGGUCCGCAGCCCCGAGCAGCAACACAGGUGCCAUAGCCGGCGGGGUCGUGGGCGGUGUGGUAGGCGUUGCUCUGGUCGCCGCUGCCGUGUUCUUCCUCCUCAGGCGGAGGAAGGCAAAGCGGGCGGCGCUGCAGCAGAACAUCGAGGGCGCCGGCGCUGGCGCGGGGGAGAAGACGUUCUACAGCGGAGGUGGUCCUUCCUCGGGCGUGUACUACAGCCAGGUGCCGCAUGCUGAGAUGCCGGGGCAGGCGCCGCCGAGGUCGGAAGUCUCGGGGUCGUCGCCGCAUGCAGAAUUGCCGGACACGAAUAGGUACGAGUUGGCUUCUUGAACGGCUUUCUGUAUUUGCCCAAGGAGCGGGGCGGAGCAGCGCACGAUGUGGAUGCGUAGCCUCGUGGAAGAGGGCAGACAGCACCGACUUGUGUCCAUAGUAUUGGAUAGUAAUGUGUACAAAUAUUAAUAAUG